AUGUUCUCAACAUUGAAAGAAAUACUGGGAGAAAAACUUGUUCAACAUAACCAAUCUGAUGAUAAACCAAGUGAAAUCUCAGCAGAUGAAUUAAACGGAAAAUCCAUUGCACUUUAUUUCUCUGCAUAUUGGUGUCCACCAUGUCGUAAUUUUACUCCAAUGUUAGCCAAAGUUUACAAAGAUGUUUAUGAUGAAAUAUCAAACAAAGUUGAAGUUGUUUUUCUUUCGUGUGAUGUGAAUGAAGAAGAAUUCAAUAAAUACUUGGAAGAAAUGCCAUGGAAAGCUGUACCAUUUGCCGAUCGUGAUCGUCCGAGAUUUCUCGGAGACAAACUCACUCCCAAUGGUCUUCCAAGUCUGAUUGUUCUGUCACCAUCUUUUGAGAUAAUCACCAAAUCUGGUCUUGAAGAAGUACAGAUCGGUUUUGAUAAAGCUCUACGAAAAUGGUCCGAAGGAAAAUCUUUAUUUUGGACUCGUCCACCACAAGAAGGUGAACAUAUCUGGAAAAGUGCAACUUGUACGGGCUGUUUUAUGAAUCCAAUAGUUGGUUCACGACAUACUUGUUUAAAUAAAGAAUGUCAAAUAAGUUUAUGUAAAGAAUGUUUAUCGAAAACGAAACACGAACAUCCAUUAAUUGAUUAUUUUCUCCCGACACAGCACUAUUCUUUAGCACAAUUAUUAACAAUGGUUCCAUAUUUACUUGAUUCGAAAACGAAUGAAGAAAUUUCGACAAAAACAUUAUUAGAUGACAAUUUAAAAAGUAUAGGAUUUUAUUUUUCAGCUCAAUGGUGUGUACCUUCACAAACAUUUACACCAUUACUUGCGAAAUUUUAUGAAGAAAUACGAACAAAAUCACAUCAUUUUAAUAUCUUGUUUUUAUCUUGUGACAAAGACAUCGAAUCCUUUCAUACUUAUCGAUCUCAAAUGCCAUGGCCUGCAGCACCGUUCAACUACAACGAUGUUUUACCUGAAUACUUUGGAAUUUCUAAUAUACCAUCACUAAUUAUCGUUUCAUCAAAUGGACAAAUUCUAUCACGUCAAGGAUUUCAAGGUGUUGAACAGCAUGGCAUAAAAGCAUUAGAAACAUGGUCACAAGGUGAAACGUUAACUCGUCCUUCACCUGAUAAAUACAAAUGGUUACAUUGUGCUUGCGAUGUUUGUGGAAUAAAUCCAAUAGUUGGUGAACGUUACUCUUGUCCAACAUGUGGAAAUUAUGAUCUUUGUUCGACAUGUCAAAAGAAAGGACAUCAACAUGAACUUCAACUUCAACCAUUGCCGAAUGAAGAUGAUUGA